UUGCACGUUGACUCGGAACGGGGUCUCGCCGCUUUCGUCCGCGUUGCUGCUGCAGCAGGGUGUGCGCGUGCAUUUCCCGGCGUUCCGAUCGACCCAAGAGCAAGGAUCGGGCCGUCCAUGCCAUCCACAACUGAACCGGUGGGCGUCCCCUCUGCUGCUUCAGCGAAAAUUUUGGAACGCGCGGUGUGGUGUUCGAUCGUGGUCGUUACGUACUUCCGCCUCAAUUUUCGGCAGCGGGCUAGCGACUUCUGGCACCAAGCUUCCGCUGCCGAGCAUAAGGGUCUCUUCGUGAGCGUGGUAACCCUCAUUUUGAUCCUCUACGUGCUCUGCAUAGUGGCGCCGAUGAACGCAGUGGCUGAGUGGGAUACACACUGGCGUGGAGGUUCCAAUGGGAGAAGAACAUCAGGUCCUACUCGCGUACGAUAGCGUAUCGAUUGCGGUUCGUACUAUCGCGAAACAACUGCAGUGCUGCUUUGUGAAAUCGCGUACCGCAAGGAGCGACUACGACUACGGCGAGAGAACCCGUGCCGUCGUGUCUAAGUAUGUGCGGUGGAGCGGGGCCUUCAAACCCUUGUGUACAGAAGUCCGCAACAAGGGACACCGGCAGGGAGGACCAGGCCUAGCGAGUCGCCUGGCCGUUGUUGUCUCUCUUGUGUUUUAGUCGCGGGUGUGAAUGCCCGCAGAGCGGAGAACGAACGCUCUGUGCCGCAAACACAUACGCGUUUACCAUAGGGAGAGCUCACACCUUGAUCGCUGGCGUGUCUUGGCUACACCACGAGGGAUCCCGAGGUUAGGUCAUGCUUUUACUGCUGCAGUCGAGCCCGGCACGUUCAUGAAUCGCGAAUAUCUUGUGUGUACAUGCAUACGAGGAAAGUCGAAUAGAGUACAUGUGGUUUUUGUGGAUUGGGAGCUGACUCGUGACUGCAAUAGGCAGAAGUAUCCAAAAACGAGAUUCUACGAGCGAGGAGGAUAGGAGAUAACUUGUUACCGCGUAAUUUGGGGUGGUGAAGUAGUUCGAACGACUAGCUAGGUGGGGUACAGGCGGGC